UUCAUAGUGGUUUAACCAGAAGGUCCCAGGCAGCCAAAUUUUCAUUGCACUCGGAGAGAAACCCUAGCCACCUCCCCCUUAAACCCGCCCUCUCUCGCUCUCUGCUUCUUCUUCUCCUUGGUGGCAAUGUCUAUGGCACCCGUGCCGUCGGAUUCGAAGCCACCCACCAACGAAGUCCCGGAGACCCAAAGAUCUCCAGACGAAAAUCAGAAUGAUGCAGCGGGAGCGAGAGAGGAGGAUAAUGAAAGAGAACGCAGACAAGAAGGCGGAGGAGAAGAGGAAGGCCACAGGGAUGAGGAGGAGGAGGAGGAGGAGCAGAUGGAGUGCGGGUUCUGUUUGUUUAUGAAAGGAGGUGGCUGCAAGGAAAGCUUCAUCUCGUGGGAGAAGUGCAUCGAGGAAGCCGAGAAGAGCAAGGAGGACGUGGUUGAAAAAUGUGCCGAGGUGACUCGGGUGCUGAGGGAGUGCAUGCUUCGCCACUCUGACUACUACGAGCCCCUUCUUAGCGCCGAGAAGGCCAUGGAGGAUCAGGCGGCUCGCGAAUUGGAGCAGGAAGAAGCGGCGGCGGCUUCGGAGGAUCCCAAUUCGUCGCAGAAGAUGGAAGGGGACAAAAAGGUGGAUGCUUAGACGCCUGGUCUCCUCCGUAUCUUACUCGGCAAAAUCACGUUAGAUAAACAAUUUUUGAGAUAACAGCACUAAGAAUAAUGGGAUCGCGAUGACAGUCUUAAGUGUUUGUCAUGGCGGUUGGUGAGGUUGUAAACCACUCGAUCUGUGAAGCAAUUCAUAUGCGCGGAACAGGAAGAGAAACACUUUGGGGUUUGCCUCUUUCUUGUGAAAGAGCUCUGUUUAUACCAAUUUUUCCGAGAGAGAACUUAAUUGCUCAAGUUGUUCCCCUUACUUCAAAAUUUUAUAAAAUAAUCAAAAUAGAUGAUCGGUUCCUUUAAGUUUC